UCCUGCCUUCCUCAGACGGAGUUAAAAUAGUUUCAGGAAACUUUGAUGAACUUUUCUCCGAUGUUUCCGUAAAAACUGCGAAGCUUCGCACCGCGGGCCGCCCACGCAGAGGAGCCGCGGGCCGGAGGGGAGCCGCGGGGCGACAUGUCGAAGAGAUCCGGAGCCGUCUGGAUGUGACUGGUAGGAUGGAGGGAGAGAAAGAGACGUCUGAGGAGAAGGAGGAAGAAGAGGAGGGGGAGGAGAAGGAGCUUCAUUAUGAUCACCUCGCAGAGGCGUCCUCUGUGGACUACCAGGACCGUCCCAUCAUGCACUGGGAGGAGCUGAGCCAGCGCAUAGCUGAGUUGGAGAAGCAGGAGCAGGAGCGCAGGGAAAGGUCAAAGAGGGGGGUGGGGCUGAGGAUGGAGGGGGGUCCAGGUGGAGUGUGGAGUGACGUCUGGGAGGAAGAUGGGGAAGACUUCCGGAAGUGUCGAGUGGCACGAUUUCACAACCACAGAAACCUGCAGCUGUGCUUCAUCAACAACAGCGACAGUGAAGAGGAGGAGGAGGAGGGAGCCAAUAAAAAGGCUACAAAGGGAACAGGGCGCAAUGGUUGCCAUGCUGCCGGGCUGAAACAGGAAGUGGCCACCGCUCUGAGGACGCUGAGAGACAAACUGCUGGCUGAACAAAAGGAGAAGGAGCGUCUGGCCGGCACCAGCUGCGUGGCCCAGCGGAAACAUCUGGAGUGCUGGGAGCUGCAGCAGCGUUCACUGCAGCAGCUAAGCAGCUUGAGAACGUCUCUGGAACAGGACGUUCACGCUCUGAGCUCCGAGCUGGUGGCCCACCUCCUGGUGCGAGACCAGCUGAGGACGAAGCAGGACGCCAUGCUGCUGGACGUCCAGGACCUGACCUAAGACCAGAACCACACGGCGGACGGACGCUCCGCACAGUCUCUGCAGAGCGCUUCUUCUUUUGGCCUCUCUGGGACCAGGAUGGGCCGGUUAAUCAAAACCGACCAAUCAGCAGCAUCCAGAGAAACAACAGGGACAUAAUACUGGAGGAUCGGGUUCAAUGGGAACAGAAGGUCGGCCUUUACACAAAAGAAGGAAGGUUCAUGUGCGACUUGGUACCUCACAGGGGAGUCACGACAAGUUUGACGGCUGUUUUUGGAAGUCGGACCCAUUUGUCAACACGUCCAACAGUGUAAAGGCAGCCCAGACGACGAGAUCUUUAAAACAUUCAAAAUAACAGCUAAUGCAGAUCUCUGGCUUUGGCACGAUUGCUUACAAGCUGCUCAGGAUCUGUGAUUUCACGUUUUUACUGUGUCUGGAAACGAAGGUGGAGGAAACAGGCGGGUUCAUCAGACAUGUGGGAUUAUGGGUUAGUAGACUGGGAGGCCAGUUCUGAUGGUUAAAUGGGAGCUGAUAUGUUUGUUUCCAGCUCUCUGUUUUUAGAGUAGCCUUGAAUGAAUCAGUUAAUUAUAAUCCUUAUUCAUCUCAUACGAGCCCCUCAUAUGUCGUCCCCCCCGAGUUCAUCCUCUUACCCAAUCAUUAAAGCUCCUCUCUUUAAGGCCCCCCUCCCUAAAAGCCCACUUUCUUCUGAUUGCUCAUCUCAUGGAUGUGAAAAUCAUGUGAUACACAAUAAGCCAAAGCAUAAUGAGUCCCCUUUAUGGAACCUGCAUGUAAUCUUCUUGCAUGGGUUUUCAGCAGGUGAGAUCUUAAAAAGGAAGCCAGCGUUUUUCUUAGUGAGUGUCAAACUUCACAAAGUUUGAAUUCAAACACUUUUUGCUGCAUGACAAAGAUCGUUUACUGGACCAUCUGCACCACAGAUUCAUAUAUGACCCUGUCUCCUAAAAAUGACACGUACAUACUGCUAACUUGUAAAUUAGGCAGAAGUUUUAGCUCAUUUUUAAUAUUUUUGCAAGAAAAAAAAAUCAGCCGGAUUGUUCGACUGAUUUGAACCACAUGUGAAGUCUGUAAAAAGCUGUUUUUAAAAAAUACUUUUGCUCCCUAAUUUUAAGCCAUCAUGCUCACAGCGUAGCUGUGUUAUUAUCCUCACUCCGUCCACCAAGAGGAGUUCUGUUGAGACUUCGUGUUCUCCAGAGGAAUAUGUUAAAGCUACAGGAUGGACUGCCAUGAAAUGUGGGACAUAUUGAUGGUUACCAAACCAAAAGGAAAAAUUUAUAUUCCUCCAUCAGUUGGUGAAUGGUUGUUGGAAGUUGUCACUGGGUAAAAUGGGUUGCAAAGAUGGUGCUGCACCACAAAUCCUCCUCGUUGAUUGCUUUGGUUGACAGCAGAUUGCCAAGUUUGCCCACAGUUUGCAUUGAAGACAACAACUGCCAUCUGAGCGGCAGGGAAAAAGUGCAACGCAAACCGGAAAUGCCUUCAAAAUAAAAGUUGUGCUUUACUGCUGAGACCAACAGAUUUCAAAAGGUGCAACUUUUACUUUGAAGGCAAUAGGUUUCUUUACCAUUCAGCUUGUUGUUGGUGAGUAUUCACAGACAGAGAAGUUGGCCUCUUCCAUACAAACUACUGCUAGCAACCUGCUAGCAACCAAAACAAUCACAGAGGUUUUUGGUGCUGCACCUUCUUCCUCAUUGCAACUGAAUUCACCUAGCAACUUCCAGCAACCGCUCACUAACCAGUUGGGUGAAACACAUUUUUACCAGAAACCGGUGGUUGUCAGGUGGUCUCUAGGCAUGUCCGACUGGGGCUCUAAAUAUUACUUGGUUAAGUUUAGAAGAAGUGUGUUAAUUCCUGCCGAUCGAUCAGCAGCAAAGUUAAACCGAUCAAGCUAUUUGACUCCUGACAGUACGUUUAGAUUUGGGAGGUUUGGGAUCAAAUUUCAUUAAAAAUCAUAUCUUCACAUAUUUCCAACAUAUCCAACUCAGUGAUUUUGAGUUGUGGCGAGACUAAUUAAAUGUAUUCAACAAAAGGGAUUUAACUGCUUGGACUGUUGCAAAUCUAACUUAUCUUAUUUAAGUUUUAUUUUAUUAAUUACUGUAAUACUUUUACCUGUUACUAUAAAAAGGGAACAGUACACAUAUAUAGCAUGUGGAGCAAAAGAGCUUAAAUGAUCUCUUGAUUUGUGGACAUUAUAUUCAGCUGUUGUUUUUUAAAUAAAAGGGGAAUUUCACCAAAACUGAAUGUACUGUCGUCACAUUACAGCAAAAAACAACUAAAAAUAACUUAUCAGUGGUGAAAUUCCUCUUUAACUGAUGCUAAACUCUUCAGGUACCGUCGGUGAUUGUGCUAUCAUUGUUUACUUUAAUGUAAGGGAAUAAUCCACUUAAUUUAGCCAACUAUGUACCAUGAUUGCUGCCUUACUUUGAUUUUCCUCCUUAAAACUUGAUGUCAUCUCUUAACGUCAUAUAGUUUUAAUAACACCCUGAAUAUGUUUUCAUCUGACUGCAGCAGUUUAUCUUUCAUUUAUACACUAGUCAAGGAUAUUUAGGAUUGUGCUCCAGUACCUGUGAUGAGAAGCUGAAUGUCAUUUACAUUGAAAGCAAUAUACUGUAAAGGGAAAUUUGCUUUCUCAUUUACAAUUAAAUAUUUAAAGUCACACUGAAAUGAUGCUGUUUUGAGUUUAUGGAAGCAAAAAUGUAUAAAGUGAAGUGUUUCCCCAUGAAGCACCCUUCUUAGCAGGUUAUAACACUGAUAUAAGACUGUUUAUCAUUUCACUGUGACUUUCAGAAUAUUUAGAGAAGUA